UGCAACCAUCUUUUGUUUUUUGGCUUUUAAAAACAGUUUACAAUCUCUCUCUCUCUUUCUUUCUCUCUGUCUCUCUCUCUCUCUCUCUCCUUCAUCCACUCGUGAAAGAAAGACCAGAGAGUUUUCUCCUGAUCCUCACACAUACACACACAGAGAUCCCAAAUCCGGAAGAAACUUCACUCUCAGAUCCACUCAACAUUCACAAUUAAGAGCAGUAACCGAAAGUCACCUCACCUGCAGCGAUUUUCACUCAUGUACGAAUAAUGUUCUCCACAGAGAUUCAACUGUCUAUCAUUUUGACUUUUUCAGGAAUCAGAGAUGAAAAACUAUAUAGUGAAGGUUUAUAAAAAAUUAUAGUUUAGAAAUUAAAAAAAAAAACACCUUUCAACUAAAAUCCAACACAAGAAACCAGAGAGACCUCUUAACGACAACAACCUCUCUGUACACAAGACAACAAACACUCUCUCUACAAAAGCAUCACUCUUCUACCUUCUUCUUUCUAAUCUUAUACAAGAGAGAGAAAGAGAGAGAAAAAAAGCCAUGGAUGGGUACGAAGCAACUAGGAUUGUUCUCUCUCGAAUCCAAAGCUUAGACCCGGAGAACGCAUCAAAGAUCAUGGGUCUUCUCCUUCUCCAAGAUCACGGUGAGAAAGAGAUGAUAAGGCUAGCUUUUGGUCCCGAGACUCUUGUUCACUCUGUGAUAAUGAAGGCCAAGAAAGAGUUAGGUCUCAUGAGCUGUUCAAGGCCUCCAUGGAGUCAAGAGGAGUUAAUUAGCCCUAAGAACAACCGUGGCUCUUCCCUCAACCCUGCUUCUUUGCCCUUCUACGCUAAUGGAGGAAGAUCUUCUAGGGAUUUGACCAACGAAUUCGAGUUCAUGGAUGAUGUGAACCCAAGAGCUGAUUUUUUGGGCUCUGUGCAUGCGAGAAGCGGUAGCUGCGUUUUGGACGGUUUAGGGUAUGGUGAUUCUGAUUUAGGGUUUGGAGGUGUACCCUGUUCUUACUUCGCUAGAGGCUUCUGCAAGAACGGAAGUAGCUGCAGAUUCGUUCACAGUGAUGGAGGAGCCGAUUUGGUUGGCUCUCCAAGCAGAAUCGAGCUUCUUAGGUCUAACUCGGUACCUCCAAGACUCGCUCACCACUUCAUGACUCGCUCUUCUCUGCCUUCUUUCUCUCCAAAAGGCGUAAACUUGCAGAGUAGCGAUGCUCAAAGAGCUGCUGCUGCUUUGGUGAUAGGAGAUGAACUGCAGAAGCUUGGAAGAUGGAGGCCUGAAAGGAUUGAUCUCUCUGCUAUGGCUUGUCCAGCUUCGAGACAGAUCUAUCUGACAUUUCCUGCCGACAGUAGGUUCAGGGAGGAAGAUGUGUCCAAUUACUUCAGUACUUUUGGACCAGUGCAAGAUGUGAGGAUACCAUAUCAGCAAAAGAGGAUGUUUGGGUUUGUGACAUUUGUGUACCCUGAGACUGUCAAGAGCAUUCUCGCCAAAGGAAACCCUCACUUUGUGUGUGAUUCCAGGGUCCUUGUUAAGCCUUACAAGGAGAAAGGCAAAGUCCCUGACAAAUACAGAACUAACCAAACAACGGAGCGAGAUUUGUCCCCAACAGGCCUUGAUUCAAGCCCCAGAGAUGCUAUAGGAGGGAGAGGGUUUUAUAACAACGCCCAAGAUGUGUUGUGGAGGAGUAAGUUUGAAGAAGAGAUUCUUGAGCUUCAGAGCAGAAGGCUAAUGAAUCUGCAGCUUCUUGACGUCAAGAAGCAUUUCCAACUCAAUUCCCCUACACAAAACAUUCACUCCCCAAAUCCUUUUAGCCAAACACUCGUGUCUCCACGCCCAUUGCCGGUGAAAGCUGGAGAAUAUGUAGGAAGAGAGACAGGGAAAGGAAGUCCCAAAGAAGGAUCUGAUGAUGAUACAAUGAAUCUACCAGAGAGGUUGGAGGAUAACUUGCCUGACAGUCCAUUUGCGUCGUCGGCCCAUCAUUUGCUUCUGUUUGCUGAGUCUGCAGACAAUAAUGGAUCUGAUUUGUGGUCGCCUUCUUCUGAUAAUGACGAUAACUCUACUCCUUCUACACUCUCUGACUCCUUCACCUCUUUCAACUGCCAGAUGCCGAGGUUACCACCGAUCGGAAUGUUACCCGGUAGGGGUGGACCGGCCUGUCGUGUCGGGAUAUAAGCAGGAAGAGAGGUGAGAAAGAAAGAUAAAAAAAAAAACUGAUAAUAUAGAGACAGACCCCUUAAUAACCAAAAGAUGCAGAGGUGUAAAAAAUAAAGCAGGAAAAUUGAUGUAAGAGAUAGAGAAGAGAAAGAAGGAAAGAUUGUUGUACCAUUUUCUCUAGUUUUAAUGUGUUAUGUUAUGGACCACAGAAGAUGAUGUAAUAUGAUAUGAUAUUGAUAUAAAUAUAUAUAGGACAAGAAGUGUAAUCUCUCUAAAAGAUUUACAAAAGAAAGGGAUUACACAAUUUGGGGUUUGAAAAGUGCAGAGUAAGUUUGUUCUUGUCCUUGCUAGUUGCUACUACCC